AUGCUUGCCGAUCAGGUGCAACGUUAUCUGCAGGAACGCUGUCCAGUCAGUCGUGUACGACAGGUACUUGAGCAGCCACCAAGAUUUGCCGAAGAAGUCUGGCAGGGGCUCGCUGAGCUGGGUUUGCUGGGCACCGCUGUGCCCGAGAGCUAUGGUGGUACCGGUGCCGGUUAUGCGGAGCUGUGCCUCGUUGCUCAGCAGAUCGGUCGCCACAUCGCACCAGUGCCAUUCGGUUCUACAGUCUAUCUGCUGACAGAAGCGCUGUUGCAAUUCGGUUCGGAAGCGCAGAAGCAGCAAUGGUUACCAAAAAUCUGUAGCGGUGAAGUCAAAGGUGCGCUGGCGACGACCGAGGCGCUUGAGCAACUGGCACAGGCGCAGGUGCAUGCCAGUGUGGAAGCCGGUCGUCUCAGCGGCGAGAAGCUCAUGGUGGCUGAUGGCAGCAUUGCAGAUGUCUACCUGGUGCUGGCAAAACAGAAUGAUCAACUGGGUUUGUACCUGGUGCCCGCGGACGCUUCGAUUCAGACCUCUACGGUUGAUUCGGUAGACCUCAGUCGUGAUGUUGCCCAUGUCACUUUUGACAAUACCCCUGCAGAGCUUCUGCACGAACAAGGCUGGUCCGGUUUACAAGCACUUUACCAGCGUGCAGCGGUCCUGUUUGCUUUUGAACAGCUGGGUGGUGCUCAGAGAGCGCUUGAAAUGGCGGUAGAUUACGCCAAGGAACGUUUUGCAUUCGGGCGUGCCAUUGGGUCAUUCCAGGCGAUCAAACAUAUGCUGGCAGACAUGUUUGUUGCCAUGAAACUGGCGGAAUCAAACUGUUACUACGCGGCAUGGGCAUUGGACAACAAUGCACCUGAAUUACCCCUGGCUGCGGCAACGGCCCGGGUAGGUGCCACUGAAGCCUUUCAGUUAUGUGCCCGCGACAACAUUCAGGUGCAUGGCGGUAUGGGGUUUACCUGGGAGUUUGAUUGUCACCUUUAUUAUCGACGCUCUAAUUUUCUGGCGCUCGAGAUUGGCGGUUUAAGUGAAUGGGAAGACCGGCUUGCCCAGGCCGAGUUUCGUAACGAGGUUAAAGCGUUCAUUAAAGCCAGUGCGCCACACUACCUGGCAGAAAAUCUGCAGAAGAGUGGUUUUGGCAACACUAAUACGGGUGAGUAUGACACCCUCGAAGAAGCCAAGAAGUGGCAACGUACCAAGGCUGAAGCCGGCUGGGCGUGUCUGUCAUGGCCGUCAGAAUAUGGUGGCCGCGACGCCAGCCCAAUUGAAAAUGUCAUCUGGGCUCAGGAAGAAGGUGUGUAUGGACGGUUGUCAGGCACGUUUAUUAUCGGUCAGGGCAUGUGUGCGCCUACCUUGAUGGCGUAUGCCAGUGAUACACACAAACAGCGCUACCUGCCUAAACUGGCCAGUGGUGAAGAAGUCUGGUGUCAGUUAUUUUCCGAACCCCAUGGCGGCUCGGAUCUGGCUGGGCUUCGUACCCGGGCGGAAAAAGACGGCGAUGAAUGGGUGAUUAACGGGCAGAAGAUCUGGACGUCCGGGGCGCAGCAUUCGGACUACGGUAUUUUGAUCACCCGUACCGACGCCACCGUGGCCAAACACAAAGGUCUGACCAUGUUUUUCCUCGACAUGAAGUCACCCGGCGUCAAAAUUGUGCCGAUCAAACAAGCCAACGGAAACAGCGAGUUCAACGAAGUCUAUUUUGAUAACGUGCGUAUUCCUGAUCACCAGCGUCUUGGUGAAGUGGGUGAGGGCUGGCGGGUUUCCAUUACCACGCUGAUGAACGAGCGCCUGGCAAUCGGCGGUAGCAUCGCCACGGGUUUCCCUGAAAUUUAUGAUCUGGUCUCGAACCUGUCACUGCAGGGGCAGCCGGCUAUAGACAACGCUGCGGUGCGUUCGAAGCUCGCGCAAUGGUAUGUGAAAGCCUCGGGCCUGAAGAACAGCAGUUCACGCAUGUUAACGGCUUUAGCAAAAGGUGAUAAUCCUGGUCCGGAAGCCUCCAUGGGAAAACUGGUGGCGGGCAAUAUGAUGCAGGAUAUCGCUAAAUUUGCCAUCGACCUGCAGGGGCAGGCUGGCCUGUUAGUAGACCCGGAAAUCGCAGAAGGUGCUGCGCGAUUCCAGGCCAUGCUGCUGCGUUCGCCAGCCGUGCGCAUCGAAGGCGGCACAGACCAGAUUCUGCGCAACAUUAUUGGUGAACGGGUGCUUGGACUGCCUGAAGAUCUGCGCGCGGACAAAGGCAUGCCGUUUAACGAAAUCCCUACAGGGAGCCAGGAACGGGAUCAGCCGAUCCGGCUCUCUACCAAACUGUACCAGGGUCUGGGGAUUAUCCCGGUCUCUUUAAAAGAGCUGGCGUUCAAUACCUUCCUGCUCUUGUACUACAACCAGGUAUUGGGUCUCUCGGCCAGUUACGCAUCCUUUGCUUUGUUGAUCGCGCUGGUUGUGGAUGCGGUAAGCGAUCCCAUUGUCGGCUCCUUUUCCGAUAACUUCCGCCAUCGCCUGGGCCGGCGUCAUUCGCUGAUGUACGCCGCGUCUGUGCCGUUUGCCCUGUGUAUCUAUUUACUGUUCUCGCCGCUGCCAGCCGUUGCAGACUAUCUGCAUGUCUGGCUGUUGGUAUUCGCCCUUGGUACCCGUCUGAGCUUUACCUUUUUUGCGGUUCCCUGGAAUGCGAUGUUUGCGGAACUGUCUGAUGACUAUAAAGAACGCAGCGAGCUCAUCUCUUAUCGCUUUGCGGUGGGCUGGAUAGUCGGCAUUGUGUUUGUUUUUUCGAUCUACUCCUUCAUAUUUGUCGCCAGUGACGCCUACCCUCAAGGCCAACUUAACCCUGCGCAUUACCAGACGUUUGCACUGGUGCUGUCGCUUACGGUGUUUGCUGGUGCGUUUUUGACGACCCACCUCACUCGGGAUCAGAUUCCAUAUCUGCGUCAGCCACCAGCGUCAUUACGCCGUUUCAGUUUGCCUGUGCUGUGGGAGGAAUUAGGUCUGGCGGUAAAAAACCGCAAUUUCCGGGUGCUGAUAUUUGCGGUACUCGCCAGCGCUGUGGUGGGCGGUACCAACCAGGCCCUGCAGAUUUACAUGAAUACCUACUUCUGGGAUUUCAGUGGGGAGCAAUUACGCUGGACGGCCGUAGCAGUGCUGGGUGGCCUGCUGGCUUUUUUUACCGUGCUGCCGUUACAGAAUCUGCUGGACAAAAAAUACCUGCUGGUGGCCUGUGCAGUUUCAAUCAUGGUGGUCACUAUGGUGCCCGUCACCUUGCGACUGCUUGAACUUGCGCCUGCCAACGGUACGCCGGGGCUGGUGGUGAUGAUUGUUAUCGCGGCGACCAUUUCUGCCUAUUUCGGCACCAUCGCGUUGAUUAUGUUCACCUCCAUGGUGGCAGAUACCCUGGAUGUACAGGAGUAUGAAACAGGGCUGCGCCAGGAGGGGUUGUUUAAUUCCGUGAUGACGUUUUCCAGUAAAGCGACCACCGGCGCAGGUAUUCUGAUUGCGGGCCUGAUUAUCGAUCAUGUGAUUGGCUUGCCCCAGGGCGCGCAGCGCGCGCAGAUCACCCCGGAGAUGAUCUUCAGAAUAGGCAUUGUUGAUGCUUACGUGGUGCCGCUUUUCAACGUGGUGUGGUUAAGCCUGGUGUUGAAGUACAGUAUUACUCGGGACGAACAUACACAGAUCCAGCAGGUGCUGGCGCGCAGGCGUAUGCCGGAUUCGUUGGAGAGUUAA